AUGGGAGAGCCCUGGCAGCCGCAGUCCCAGCAGCAGCGGCUCCCGGCUCUCGGCAACGCCUCGGCCCCCAGCGCCCGGCCCUCGGCGGCGGCUGAGGAGGGGGGGGGCCCUGCGGGCACGGCGGCCCCGGGCGGCGGGGGCCCGGCGGCGGCUGUCAGCCCUUGGGACAUCGCUCUGUGCGCCACGGGGACGGCGGUGGCCGGCGAGAACGCGCUGGUGCUCGCGGUGCUGUUCUACACGCCCAGCCUGCGGGCGCCCAGCUUCGUGCUGAUCGGCAGCCUGGCGCUGGCCGACCUGCUGGCCGGACUGGGGCUGGUGGGCAACUUCGCCGUGCGCUACCUGCUGCGGCCGCCCAGCGAGGCGGCGGAGCUGGGGGCGGCGGGGCUGCUGCUGGCCGCCUUCUCGGCGUCGGUGUGCAGCCUGCUGGCCAUCACGGUGGACCGCUACCUGUCUCUGUACAACGCGCUGACGUACCACAGCGAGCGCACGCUGGGCUUCACGUGCGGCGCGGUGCUGCUGAUGUGGCUGCUGUGCCUGGGCGUGGGGCUGCUGCCUCCGCUGGGCUGGCACUGCCUGCGGGACCAGAGCGCCUGCAGCGUGCUGCGGCCCGUCACCAAGGACAACGCGGCCGUGCUGGCCGUCACCUUCCUGCUGCUCUUCGCCCUCAUGAUGCAGCUCUACCUGCAGAUCUGCAAGAUCGCCUUCCGGCACGCGCAGCAGAUCGCCGUGCAGCACCAGUUCAUCGCCACGGCGCAGGCCACCUCCACCCGCAAAGGGCUCUCCACGCUGUCCCUCAUCCUCGGCACCUUCGCUCUCUGCUGGAUCCCCUUCGCCAUCUACUCGCUGGUGGCCGACUCCAGCUACCCCGCCGUGUACACGUACUCCCUGGCGCUGCCCGCCGCCUGCAACUCCCUCAUCAACCCCAUCAUCUACGCCUUCCGCAACCCCGACAUCCAGAAGUCGCUAUGGUUGGCGUGCUGCGGCUGCGGCCCCGCGCUCUCGUCCCGCCCGCGGACAUCCAGCGACGUGUGAGAGCCUCCUCCUCUCCUCCUCUUCCUCGUCCUCCUCCCCGCGCUCCAAUCCCCUCCGCCGUCC